AUGGAAGUGUUUAUCUUUGAGAAAAAGAUUAAGCAUUACAACAGCUAUCAGAAGAUACUCUUAGCGGGAGAAGGAGACUUCUCUUUUUCUGUUUGCUUAGCUAGAGCUUUUGGCUUGGCUGUCAACAUGGUUGCGACUUCUCUUGACUCCAGAGAGUCUUUGAUGCUGAAUUAUUCAAAAGCUAUGAGCAAUGUGAAGGAGUUAGAGGCCAGGGGAUGCAAAGUACUGCAUGAGGUGGAUGUCCACAGCAUGAGCCAACACCCUUUCUUGAUUAGCGUACGCUUUGAUCGCAUAAUCUAUAAUUUUCCUCACGCGGGUUACUUGCAUGGUCCCUUUUCUUCUGAAUACAACAUGUUCCAAAUUUGGUUUCAUCAGGAUUUGAUCAGGGGAUUCCUCAAGAAUGCACGUGAAAUGCUGAAGCUGAUGGGAGAAAUUCAUGUGACACACAAGACAACAUUUCCUUUCAGUGAAUGGAAAAUAGUGGAGUUAGCACAAGAGGUGGGGUUAUAUCUGGUUCAUGAAGAACAGUUCUCACUAUGGGAUUAUCCAGGUUAUGAAAAUAAGAGAGGAGCUGGGAUGUGUGACGAAACUUUUCCUGUUGGAAUGUGUAGCACCUUCAAAUUUUCCAAGCUGUUGUUGUACAGUUCAACCACUUCUGGUUUCGACCUUGGCAUUACUGCUUCGGGUCAAUGGUCUGGAUAUUCUGGAAUUAACGGUCCUCACAUGCAAUGUUUCCACCCUGGUACUUUGAGCAUUAGUUUAUGGUCAGCUGACAUAGUAGAUAUGGCUUGCACUUAUUUAGAGAGCUUGGAGAGGAAGAAGCCAAAGCAUGGCCACAAGAAUUUGAGAUCUCCAUCUCGACCCAGAAAAAAGAACAAGAAUUUGAGAUCUCCAUAUCAUUAA